CGUUCUCAACCGAGCGAGACCCGAAACGAAUCACAUCCCAACCUGUUGUAGGAAGCAUUUCUAUUUCACGCGAUACACGUUCGCGCAAGAUCUCUUUUUCGUCGUUAGUCCGACACCGUUCCUAAUCACUGUCACUCGACUUUGCACCUCUCUCUCUCUCUCUCGCUCUGUUGUUGUUUGUGUGUUGUCACCUACUUGAGAAAGACGCUCUCUCGAGUAGUGCAUCGACUCGCUUCCACUCGACUCGACUUGACUUUACCACUAGUGCGCUAGACGCAGCGCUCUUUGUGAAUUGACCCUUUCGAGCGGUACAUCACAGUCCGCACAUUCCGUACGCUCCUCUACAAGUAGCACAAUGCGAGUCCCCUCGUUCGUUUGGAUUCUGCCGUUCGUCCAAGCCGUAGGCGCCACGACGUUCUCCGGCGCGACUCGGUCCUUGUCGACAACAGCAUUGACAACAGCAUCGACAAGCCGUGAUCGAGCGCUCGCCGAAAACGCUGUUCCCAGCCAGUCCACCACAUUCGCUUUUGAUUUGACCCCCGUGGCCUUGCAGUUUUCCACGUCGUUGCCUCCCGCAUACGAUGUAUCCCAACUUUUGAAAACGGACGCUCCGACGUUGAGCAACGAACUAGAAGCCUUGAAAAGUUUGAUGCGAUCGACCUUGAUUGAAUUCAUGCUGGAAAGUUUCGAAUUGCAGUUGAACAAAGAAGCUCAGAGCGCGGCGUUCGUACCAGAGUUGCUGUAUGGGCGUACAGCUAUGGAGUACGAUUUAGCGCUGUACUUUCGCAGUACGGAUCAAUCGGACUUUUCCACUCGGCGAUUGCGCGGUUUGCCGGAAGCAGCCAGUCCACAAAGCGAAAAUGCGCACGACCAAACUCCCCUGUUGGCCAUUCGACGUAUGACCGGCGCGAGUGGCGCAACGGAACUCGAAUUCUACGUGGAAUGUGUUGGAACAGUAUCGUACCCGGGGGUGCCAUUCUCUUCUCCGGAACAGGAAGAGCAGCAGCGCAACCAAAUACAAGCCAUUCUAGCUCGAUGGGUGGAGGAUUCGCUCACCGAGGACGCCCCUCUCUUACAGACGAACUUGCAAAGUCUCGACCAUGUCGUGGCAGAUAACAUUAGUCGAUUCGAAAUUCUGUUCGGAAUACAGCCAGGCAAAUCUACCUACGGAUCGGUGGAGGGGUUCUCCUCUGGGUUACAAUCACAAGACAAUCGUUCUGCCCAGCAAAAAUUGCUUCUCGCCUUUUUGAUUUUAAUGGGAACUGCGGUCGUGACUGGGGGGCUCUACGUGGUCCGAAAACGCCGUCGCAGGCCGAAGAAAUCGUCGUCGCCUUUGAGUCGCGGCUAUCCAAACCCUGUGGAUCCUUGGACUGGUAGAAAACCGUCACCUAAUAUCGCGACCAAGUCGUUGCCGGGCCGUUCGGGCGACGGAAUCGAUGACUCUACGCUCCAAACAUCGGAUUUGUGGCUACAAAGCAAUCGUCCCGAUCUGUUCAGUGCCUUGCAAAAAGUAUCUCCCACAAAAACCGAUAUCACAACUACAAUUCACGACGAGGACGAUCCGGCGAUACAUUCCACGUCUCGGCAAAACUCCUGGGAGCGUUUUUUGCAUAGGCACGUCUUGGCGCGACGUUCGACCGACGAAAGCAGGUUGUCGAUGGUUGACGAUAUCAAUGCCUCCCAAUCAGAUACAGUUGACGUGGAUUCUCGUUGGUGGAACAAACUAGCUUCCGUUCUGCAUCAACAGCACCAGUUUUCUCACGAGGAUGACGAUCACGACCGCAAGGCCUAUCCCUUUGCUUUUUCCGAUUUCCCGCGCAGCGAUGGUUCGCCAUGUCUGAUUUAUUCCGAGGAGUCUGGUGAAUCGCCAGGUCGAGAUGGAGGCAAUGGGACUACCAGCGUGUUACGUAAAGGCCCCCCUCCUGGCGCAUUUUCCAUGGCCAACCCAGCAGGAGUCAGCGAAGACGCACCUGAUGAUGACUUUUCCGAAAAAAUGGAGCGCAUCGUCGCGACGCGCCGCCGUUUCUACGACCAAGAACAUGGUGUUGUCAAAGAUCCGGCCCAAGGUGACCAGGCUGCUCCAUCACGAGGCAUACAGCCGCGUCGACACGAGGUCGAAUCGGAUUUGCAAGAAAUCGAGGCGUCGAUGGGAGUGACUUCGUCCACUCGAGGCGUCGUGCCGAAGGUUACGCCUUCGAACAGUGCGCAUGGACCUGGCACAUCGAACCUACUGGAUGCCUGGGACACGGGCUUAAUUGCUUCGCAGACUUCUGGGUCUCCACAAAAGAAUAGUACGAUCGCAGGGCCUAGUUCACGUGGGAGUCCAGCGGCACGCUUCCCCCCUGCCGCAGCUUUUAAACUCGCUGCACGGAACGGCGCACCCUUGGAUGCAUCUGCAUCGCCUCCAUCGUCUUUGACGCGACCGCCGAUAGCGCCAAGAGGAUCCUCCGUGUCGUACGAAAAUAAGCAACAGCCGCACGAAACUACCGGAGCUGAAGAGAACGCGCGCAGCGACAAUAAGACACCGAUUCGUCGCAAGCAACGAUCAACUCAGCGACAAACAUCAUCGCGCGGAACCCAGGCCCGAUCAAAUUUAAGCGAGCCAGGUGAUAGUCGUCGAGCUAAUGUCAAUGCUGAAGACGUCAUGACUCUCGGUAUCGCAGCCUACACGAAAUUCGUGUGAGAAGGGAACCGCAGGCUACACACGAUACAACAACUAUGGACAACUAAGAUCUUGGUUUUUGUAGCAUUAAUGUCCGAUUCCUUAACAUUUUAUAAUGGAACU